CGCUAUCCGCUUAUGCCAACACCGCUUGAUAUCAUCACCAAAAACAUGCCGCUAAAAACAGCUCACUGUACACGCGACAGACGGGAUCGUCCAGGUACAGGUACAGGUCUAGGUCUAGGUCCAGGUACAGGUCCAGGCACAGGCACAGGCACAGGUACAGGUACAGGUACAGGUACAGGUCUAGGUCCAGGUCCAGGUCCAGGCACAGGUACAGGUCCAGGCACAGGUACAGGUACAAAUACACAGCCGAGGCCGGGGAUCUUGGGGAUAAAGGAGAAUGAUGUGCGAGGUCGAGGGAGAUGGGCGUGGCGCCUAGUUGUAUCCUCCGCGGCCAGCCAUCUUGAGCGUGGGUUUCCUGCGUGCUUGGAGGUGCUGGAGCAGUCUCUUGGCUAAGUCGGUGAGCGAGCGAGGGGUUCCGAGUGGCUUGUUGUGAGCGUUGAGCGACCGGGGUGGCUUGUUGUGAGCGUUGAGCGAACGGGGUGGCUUGUUGUGAGCGUUGAGCGAACGGGGUAGCCUGUUGUGAGCGUUGAGCGAACGGGGUAGCUUGUUGUGAGCUUGGAGUGCUCUAGUUGUAUCCGCCUCGGCCCAUUAUCUGGAGGAGAUGAACAUGUAUCGUGGUCCCGAUCGUAUGUAAUCGAGCAAGUCUUUACGCAACAAAGACCGCGGAAAUAGCAGAUAGAAGAUGAAAUGUAAAGAUACAAACAACCACCAGUCUCUGAGAAUGCAACAGUCUUAUACAGUUUGAAAUGCGAAUAAACGGCCUCUCGCUG